GGUUGUUCACUUGUCCACUUGACUCCGCUUGGCUCAGAGCAGCUUCACACACACACACACACACACGCAGGAGCAAAGUAACGGUUUAUCGCAGCUCACUGAUCCUCAUGCUUGAGCAUUCACACCGAAAUAACUCUGCAUAAAGUUUUGUACAUUCUUAAAAGUUUUAAUCGAAUCCCUUUUUUUUUCAAUCAAGAUCUCACUUUUUUGAACAACUUGAGCAACAUGGACCAUCUGGAGCCGAAAAAACAGAAACUGACCAUCUAUGUGCACGAAGGAUGAUAAUAUCUCCUUUGAGAAGCAUUCAGAGUUGUCGAUGAUGGGCUGGGAAGUGCAGUGCAGUGAAUGCACUUUCUGACAGCUGGGAAUUCGCCAGAAGAAAAACUCCCCCGCUGUCCACUGAUGCCACAAUGGCGAGUCUGGCUCUUAACGAGACUGGGCUAGAGGACUGCGGCAUCGACGACUCCUUCAAGUACAACUUGUACGGAGUGGUGUACAGCAUCGCCUUUGUGUUGGGCCUCACCACCAACUGUGCUUCACUUUUUGUUUUCUGCUGUCGUAUGAAGAUACGUAAUGAGACCACUCUCUUCAUGACCAACCUGGCAUUAUCAGACUUGAUAUUUGUAUUUACUCUGCCUUUUAAAAUCUAUUACAACAUCAGGCGCCACUGGCCGUUUGGCGACGGGCUGUGCAAGAUCUCUGGAGGAGCCUUUAUUACCAACAUCUACGGUAGCAUGCUUUUCCUCACCUGCAUCAGCGUGGACCGCUUCCUGGCCAUAGUUUACCCAUUUCGAUCACGCUCCAUCCGCACUCGUCGCAACGCCGCCAUUGUAUGUGCUCUGAUCUGGUUGUUGAUCCUGGGUGGAGGCAUGUCUGUGACCUUCUUUUCUGCAACCAACCAGGCCAAAACCAUCACCACGUGCUUCGAGGGCUUCUCGCAGAAAACCUGGAAGACAUACCUGUCCAAGAUUACUAUCUUCAUAGAGGUAGUUGGUUUCCUCAUACCGUUGCUCAUCAACCUGGCCUGUUCCUCCAUGGUGCUACGAACACUGCGUAAGCCAGCUACACUCUGCCAAAUUGGCACCAACAAGACACGUGUGUUGCGCAUGAUUGUGGUGCAUUUAGCCAUCUUUAUUGUCUGUUUUGUGCCGUAUAACUCGGUUCUUUUUGUUUACGCUAUGGUUCGCACCCAAGCCUUUUCGAGCUGCUGGCUUGAACGUUUAGCUCGAACUCUUUAUCCUAUAACGCUCUGUGUGGCCACACUCAACUGUUGUUUCGAUCCAGUGGUAUACUACUUCACAUCAGAGUCUUUUAAGAAGUCUCUGACCACAGGGAAAUGUCAAGCUAAGCAGGAGAGCACACCGCGCACUGAAGGGCCUGUCUCUAGCAAAGACAACACGGAGACUGAAAAAGAAGAAACUAAUAGAGUUUCCAGCAAUGGAAAAGAACGGUUUACAGAGACUCAGUUUUGAGUGGGCAUUAUAUACAACAGCACCACUCUCCACAUUAAAGAGGAGCUUUGCCAAGUCUUUACCAAGGACUUAGCGCUAAGAUUUUGCUCAGCCAGAGGAAAUGUUUGAAACUUUCUGACCGAAGCCUUCAUCCACUCAGGCUGAACCCUUAUAAAUAUCAAUAUUUAAAUUUUGCUAUAAAGGUCCAACACUGUUUUAUGUCUCUCAGUUUAUGGGAACAGCAUAUGUCAAAUAAAGUGGCUCCACACAAACAGUGGCAAAUGGGA